CAGCGAGAGAAGCGAUCUCCUGGCAGAGCCUCUCGGAACGAGCCUUUAAAAAUGUCAGGAGAAACGCCAGGCUCCAGCACCGCCUGAACCAUUGGCUCCUGCCUUGGAGCAGGCAGUGCCAGGCAGAAAAUUGGGUCCUUUUGGUCUGUCUGUAGUGGAGGAAACCAUUUAGAGAAGUGUGAAGCCACUUUUCACACCAGUGCUGAACCAGGGCUCAGUGGCUGGAGCAGACAUUCCUGCUGCUCCUCUGGACCUUAUGGGGGACCCUGCAUUUAUUAAUGACCCUUCUGGCAUGCACCUCAUGGAGCCCAGAUCUCACAGAGCGUGGGACUCCUCACCCCGGGGCACGGCAGGCAGAAAUCACCACAGAGGGAUCCUGACCACUGCUGCUAAUAACUGUUUUCUAGCAACCACUGCUUGGACUUUGUGGAGAUUGGGAUACUGUGCCAGACUACUGAAAACUAAUCAUUUUAGGACAGCUGCAUCAAAUAUAUCAUUUCCAGCAGUUUGGAUGCUGUUGGCACAACAUCCUGGCAGAAUACCUGGGCUCUUUGUAGUAGUUAAAAAAAACACUUUGUUCACAAUGCCCGAAACCGUGGAGGAUCAAACUAAUCCAGAGCUGUAUUUGCCACAUCCUGGAGUGCGUGGGAUGACAGUGCUCAACAGAGAGGCUUUCAAAAGGACAGUGCUUGUUCCAGCUCUUAAAGUCAAGAAGGAAAUUGUGCACAGUGUGCUCAAGUCCCUGAAGCAAUCAGUGCUGCAGCGCCCCGGCCUCAAGCGGGUGGUGGAGGAUCCAGAGGAUGAGGACAGCAGAUUUGUUAUCCUGGAUCCUCACAAAGCGCCGGAAUUCUCGCUAGGAGAGCCGGAGCAGCAGGUCCUGGAGCAGCUCGGUGUCCGUGCCGAGGUGUGCAGGUACCACCUGGAGCUGAGCUACGAGAAUUUCAAGUCGGAGGAGAUCCUGCGAGCCGUCCUUCCCGAGGGCCAGGAGGUCACCUCUGGCUUCAGCCGUGUUGGCCACAUUGCUCACUUGAACCUCAGGGACCACCAGCUGCCCUACAGACACUUGAUUGGCCAGGUUAUAAUGGACAAGAAUCCAGGAGUCACCUGUGUAGUGAAUAAAACCAAUAUUAUCGACAGCACGUACAGGAAUUUUGAAAUGGAAGUGCUUGCUGGAGAGAACAACCUGGUGACCAAGGUCAGAGAAAACAACCUUGCCUAUGAGCUGGACUUCUCCAAGGUGUACUGGAACCCGCGCCUGUGCACGGAGCACGGCCGCGUGGUGCAGCUGCUGCGGGCCGGCGACGUUCUCUUCGACGUCUUCGCCGGCGUCGGCCCCUUCGCCGUCCCCGCGGCCAGGAGGGGGUGCCGAGUGUUUGCCAACGACCUCAACCCCGACUCCUACGCCUGGCUGCUGCACAACUGCAGGCUCAACAAGGUGCACUCCAAGGUGAAGGCGUUCAACAUGGACGGCAGGGACUUCCUGCGGGGGCCGGUGAGGGAGGAGCUCAGCAAAGAGCUCCCGCUGCUGAGGGAAGGACAGAAACCCGCGUUCCACAUAGUGAUGAAUCUGCCGGCUCUGGCUGUGGAGUUCCUGGAUGUUUUCAGGCAUCUCUUGGUCGGGGAGCCCUGCAGCCCUGCUGACCUCCCCACUGUGCACUGCUACGGGUUCUCCAAACACAGCAACCCAGCCAGAGACAUCCAGGAGCGAGCGGAAGCUGUGCUGGGAACCUCCCUGGCUGGACGCUGUUCCACUUUCCUGGUCAGGAACGUGGCGCCCAGCAAGGAGAUGCUGUGCCUCAGCUUCCAGAUCCCAGCAGAUGUGCUCUACAAGAGGCCCUGCCCUGAUGAAGCAAAACCAGCCUCGAAACGUCUCUGUACCAGCCAGGACUCUUCAGAAGAGAAGGUACUGAGUUGAAGACCGGAGCUAAGGUGACCACCUUAGUUUGUGUAAAGGAUGUUUGGGGUGUCUCUCUUUCACCCCUUGAGUUACAAGGAGCAGAGCUGUGUUCCCAUCGAGUUGCAGCUUCCUGCAGUCACCUUUUCUUCUCAUUGUGGGAUCGACUGACAUUGCCACUACAAAAAAUUAAAACUUUAUUCUCUUAUAAUAAAUAUGUUUUGGUACCUGC